GAGAAAGCAUGAGACAGAGCUGCUUCAGGUUCCUGUGCAGAGGCUGAGAGGCAGGAACAGAGCUGUGACAUCUCCUCGCUCAUCUACCUGCUAGAGGCACAGACACAGAAGCCCCAAGGACUCUGCACAGGACAGGACCGGAGCAGAGGACGCUCGAGUUAUGCUGCAGACCAUUUAUGAAUCUGACUCCAGCAUCAGUGCAGAGUGGAGGAGGAGACCCCUGGACUCUCACAGCACGGCCAUGGCUUCAGAUCCAGAGGUGUUGUCGGCGGUGGGCAGUAUGUCGGAGGUCGGUAUGUUGGACUGGGACUGUGAUUCAGACGAUUGGGAGAAGCAGUUACAGCGCGAGCUGCUUCUGAUCCAGAGACAGCAGCAGAUCCAGAAACAGCUGCUCAUCUCCGACUUCCAGAAACAGCAUCAGAACCUGCUGAGACAACAUCAGGCCCAGCUCGAGGAGCACAUCAAGCUUCAGCAGGCUCUGUUAACUCUGCGGCAGCAGCAGGAGGUGUUUGUUGAGGAGGAGAGAGAGGAGGUGAGGGAGGACGACAAGGAGCUUCACAGGAGGGAGACACAGAAACACCAGCAUCACAGACGGAAGGAGCGAUCUAAAGAGAGUGCGAUGGCGAGCACUGAAGUUCGUCAGAAGCUGCACGACUUUCUGAUGAGUAAAUCAGCUAAAGACCCGUCAGCGUCCGGCGCCGGUUACCCUCUCAACCGCUCCAAACUGUGGUACAGCUCCGCCCACCCGGGUCCAGCAGAGCAGAGCUCGGCUCCUCUAGGAGAGACUCCGCCCACCUUCAAAUACCCUCUGACCUCCGGCCUGGACUACAGAGAGGACUUCCCUCUCAGGAAGACUGCGUCUGAGCCCAAUCUGAAGGUGCGCUCCAGACUCAAGCAAAAGGUUUCUGAGAGACGAAGCGCUGCCAUACGCCGCAGAGACGGCAGCGUCCUCGUUACGCCACUGAAAAAACGAACUCUCGAACUAACAGAUUCAUCAGCCAAUGAGAGCCCUGCAGGUUCUGGACCGAGCUCACCCAUUGGCUUGUGCAACAAUGAGAACAGAGCGUCAUACCGGUCCAGCACCACUCAACUACAGCGCUGUCUGUCUCAGGGGGGCGUCCUACAGACGGACGGGUCCAUGUCCCUGUUGAAUCUCUACACAUCCGAGGGGCGUCCUACAGACAGAGGGGUCCAUGUCCCUGUUGAAUCUCUACACAUCCCCCUCUCUGCCAAACCUCACGCUGGCUCUGCACCCUGCUCACGCACACAUCUGUGUAAGUUCCUGUCCAUCACAGACACAUCAAACUCUACAUAG